GCAUUGAACGUCGCGUGUCUGUGUCAUUCACCAGUCGCGUAUCGUGUUGCAAGGAACUCACAGCGCCAUGGCCUCCGUAAAAACAGAAAAAGUCGGCAUUGUCGGCAGUGGCCUUAUUGGUCGUUCGUGGGCUAUGCUCUUCGCGUCCGUUGGAUACCAAGUGACAGUAUUCGACAUUGUCCCGAAGCAAGUCAGUGAUGCUCUUGACGACAUCAAAGUUCAGCUCAAGACUCUGGAAAGAGACGGUUUGCUGCGCGGCAAACUGAAUGCUGACCAACAGUACAAGUGCAUCAAGGGAACUACAGAUUUGGCAACAGCCGUUAAAGGCGCUGUAUUCGUACAAGAAUGUGUACCUGAAAGCCUUGAGUUGAAAAAGAAGGUUUACUCCGACUUGGAUAAAGUAGUUGAUGACGUCACUAUUUUGUCGAGUUCCACCAGCACCACUCUUCCCUCACUGUUCUCUGAACAUAUGAAACAUAAGGCACAGGUUAUUGUAUCCCACCCAGUUAACCCACCGUACUACGUGCCCCUUGUUGAGAUAGUCCCUGCUCCCUGGACCAGGAAAGAUGUCGCUACGAAGACAAGGGAGAUCAUGUUGGAAAUUGGACAAGAACCUGUCUCCCUCAGCCGUGAGAUUGAUGGAUUCGUACUAAACCGUAUUCAGUACGCAAUCCUGAACGAAGUAUGGCGCCUUGUGGACAGCAAAGUCGUGAAUGUUGAAGACAUAGAUAAGGUCAUAUCCGAAGGCCUCGGAAUGAGAUACGCUUUCCUUGGAUCGCUGGAAACUGCGCACUUGAACGCAGAAGGGAUGAAGAAUUAUAUCGAACGAUAUGGCGAAACUAUUUACAACGUCAGCAACACUAUGGGCGACAUCCCACGAAUGACGACGAGCACAAGUGCUGGAACCAUUUGUGAACAACUGAACCAUAUGGUUCCUUUGGACAAAUUGCAGGAGCGACGGGCCUGGCGUGAUGCUUGCCUUACUCGUCUUGCAAUUCUUAAGAAGGAAAUGAACGAGAAAAAGAAUAAGUACUAACCAACCUAAAUACAAAUGUGCCCAUUCAAAUAUAGGCAACGGAUAAAUUUUAUUCCUACAAAAUAUGACUGUUUUAUUGCUAACUUAUUACCUACGCACAAAUAUAUUUUUAAAUAAAGA